GUUGUCAUCGUGACUGUCAUCCAGUAGCGUUAAAGGGGGGAAAGAGAACAGCAGAGCCGUCGCUGCUUCGUUCGUCUGAACCGUUGGGACUUGGAAAGUGGCCGGACGGGAGGGGGAGACUUGCAGCGGACCUCGGCAUUCAGCGAAGAUGGAAAUAAGUCGUUGUUGUUGGUUGUCUACUUUGUGCGCCUUCCGAGCCGCGUUGUAACGUUCAGGGCAACUUGCCGUAUAUCUGUUUUUGGUGGGUAUUUCCUCGCGCUGGGAUCCACCGGUGAGAGCUAGCUUAGCAACCAGCCGCCGAUACUGUCAGACACACAGGUACAGGACGGGAGGGUGCUCGGUGACAAAGGAAGGUGGCGAGGUGACGAUGAACCGCUUUCGGAAGUGGCUGUACAAGCCCAAGAGGACGGACCCUCAGCUCCUGGCCCAGUUCUACUACGCCGAUGAAGAGCUGAACCAGGUGGCCACGGAGCUGGACGGCCUCGACGGCCGGAAAGACCCUCAGAGAUGCACCCUCCUGGUCAACCAGUUCCGCUCUUGUCAGGACAGUGUGUUGAACAUUAUCAAUCAGAUCAUGGAUGAAUGUAUUCCCGAGGCCCGGGCCAACAGAGACUUCUGCGUCAAGUUCCCGGAGGAGAUUCGUCAUGACAACUUGGCAGGGCAGCUGUGGUUUGGGGCUGAGUGUUUGGCUGCCGGCUCCAUCAUCAUGAACAGGGAGAUCGAGAGUAUAGCAAUGAGGCCCCUAGCUAAGGACCUUACACGUAGCCUGGAGGAGGUACGCAACAUGACCAGAGACCAGGCCCUGAGAGACCUCACCUUGUACACUGACCGCAUGAAGGACGCAUUGCGACACUUCGACGGCCUUUUUGCUGAGUUUGAGCUCAGCUAUGUGUCAGCCAUGGUGCCUGUGAAGUCGCCCAAAGAAUACUAUGUACAGCAGGACGUGAUUGUGCUCUUCUGUGAGACUGUAGAAAGGGCCUUAAAGCUGGGCUAUCUCACACAAGACAUGAUCGAUGACUAUGAGCCUGCACUGAUGUUUACAAUUCCCAGACUAGCCAUUGUAUGUGGGCUGGUUGUGUAUUCAGAGGGACCUCUCAACCUAGACCGAAAAUCAGAGGACAUAUCUGAGCUCUUCCGGCCUUUUCGCACUUUAUUGAAGAAAAUCAGAGACCUCCUCCAGACCCUGACUGAGGACGAGUUGAUAUCACUAGAAAGAAAUCUGUGUAUCACCCAGGACGGAGAUCUGUCGGUAGGCCAGGGGCAGGCCAUGGACUGCUCACCAGCUCCAGUCCAAGAGAAUCCCUCGUCCUGCAGCCCUGCUAAGGACACUUACAAAGGGGAGAGUGAGGGUGAAAAAGAGCAUCUGGCUCCAUUGGUCUGCCCCAGCCAGGAGGAGGACCUGGCGGAAGUGGAAAAAGGUUGGGAGGAGGUUGAAAUGGGAGGAGAGGAGCAGGAACCGGGCCUGCUGUGCGAGGAGGCGGAGGAGGCGGAGUUGGCCUGUUCUAUGCAGUACGACGAAGAGGAACUUGAGCAGCUCAACAUGAUGGUGUACCGCGUAGGGGACGAGAUGUCCACCUUUCUGUCGCCUCCAAGCCAGGGUCACUCGCCAGCACGCAACCUCCACCGAGGAGAGGCGGGAGGCUCCAGUGGCUCUUCUAGCACCGAAGCCUCUCCACGCAGGCUCCUGGGGGGCCGGGGAAGGACAGGCAUCUAUUUAGAGGAGGAGGACAAGGUCUUCCACAUGGAGGACCUUGACGCGGAGGGAGACGGCAUCGCCAGCAUUUCAAGAGAGGCCUGUCGUUGCGUCGCCUCUCCCGCCAAAGCACACGAGUCUGCUCCUCCCGUGCAGAGCAAGCUGGGACCGCAGCCGGGCUGUGCCAGGAGCGGCCGCCGGGACUCUGCCGCCCAGUCGGAGCAGCCUUGCCCGCGGCCACGAGGCCCGAGCACUCACUGUCCCAAGGCAAAGCACCCUCCUCCUUGCACUUCUGCUCCCGGCUCUGAAUCUGUGCCUUACGCCAAUGGGUGGGAGACGGGCUUGGAGGGGACCGCGUCUGAAACGGCUGAGGUCAUCGCCCACCGCAUGGGCGGGAUGAAGCUGUCCGCCACGGUCAUCUUCAACCCUCGUUCCCCCACCUCCACGGAGCUGUCCGUGGACAAGCUGCUGCUGCCUCGGCCGGCCCCCUCUGAGAUUGAGUCCUGUGGCCCUCUGGUGGCCACUCACUGCCUUCUCAACUCCUGUGUCUGCUGCGGGAGCUGCGAGGACGGCCAUGAGGACGCCAUCGCCGCAGAGUCCACCGGACUCAGGGGCCUGGCCCUGGGGUUAGAUAACCUGUGUAAGACGGCAGCCCCCAGCGCCGUCUUCCGGUCGGCUGCUCGCCGGCUGCCCGCACAAGGUCACGAGCGUGAGCUCGCUCGGUUGACUCCGCCUUCUUCAGGCUGGUCUGCAGAGAACCUGGAAGAGGGUUCAAACUCACCGCUUUGUGAGGAGUGCCUGGUCGUGGCUCCAUGGCUGGGUCAUCCGCCUCGUGACUUUGGCUCCCGUGGAGGGGGCGGGCCCUCCCCGUGCAACCACCAGCUGAGUAACGAAAAGGGGCAGCAGGCCCCCGGAGGCCGACAGAGGGACGAGGAGACGGAUAAGGACAAGCCAGGGACUAAAGUCUUGGUCAGGACGAGCUCCAGUUUUCAGGGCUCUCCCCUCAGCUCUGUUUCAGGUAGUGACUGUGACAGUGUGUCGGUCACCACAUGUAGUCUGUCAAGCAGUCCAUACACCCCCAGCCCCGUAAGCAGUCUGACCCCCAGCUCAGGGAUGUCAGAAGACCAGGACCAUCAGGAGAUCCAGCUGGCCCUGCAAAAUGCCAAGCUGGCUGCAAGGAACAAGAUCCGAUCGCGCUUCCACAGCAGCAGUGAUCUUAUCCACCGCCUCUUUGUCUGUAUAUCAGGUGUUGCCGAUCAGCUGCAGACCAACUAUGCUAGUGACCUUCGCAGCAUCCUCAAGACUCUAUUUGAAGUCAUGGCAACCAAGUGUGAGGAGGGAGACAACGAUAACCAAAAGAAAGGACCUGUUCUGCGUAGUGCUGUGCUGGAAGACUGUGCCCUCUGUCAGGAGACCAUUUCCACAUCUGAAUUGGCAGCCAAGGCCCGGGACGGACAAUUUGAAGAUCCUCCAGACUGGGUCCCAGAUGAAGCCUGCAACUCUUGCAUUGCCUGCAAGGCUCCCUUCACAGUCAUCCGCAGGAAGCACCACUGUAGAAGCUGUGGAAAGAUCUUCUGCUCGCGCUGCUCCUCCCAUUCUGCCCCUUUGCCUCGGUAUGGCCAGGUGAAGCCUGUCAGGGUUUGCACACACUGCUACAUGUUUCACGUCACACCCUUCUACAGCGACAAGGCCGGCAUCUAACUCCACGUUGUCACCCGAAGCACACAUCCCGCCACAACAAACACAUGGAACGGACCGAUCCAGGGCUGUGCAAAGCAAUCGGCACUUUGCUCUGGUAUGCUUGGCGGUCGUCACUGUACCUGCUGAGCAGGGCCGAGCGCGAGGCCCGUUACAGACGACAAACCACAGACGAGACACGCACGCACACACGAGUGAGGAUUCAACGUGCUGUUGUUGCUUCGGAGAGGCUGGCAAACAAAUGGUUUGAUUUCAGUGCCCAGCUAACGCACAAAUGCCUGCCUGAUUCUAUAGAGGUGUAAAGGAGAGAGGGGAUAAACAGACAAGAACAUAUUUUGAACUGGCUUUGUGCAAGAAGCCUCUCUAGCAGUUUGCAGCACAAAUUGGGAACAGGUCACAUUGUUUGAUUUGUCUCUAGGUGUAAAUGAAAGGACUUGUGAAAUAUUUUCCUAUGCUUUUGCGAGCUUCCUACAUCUGUGCCAGGACUCCCACAGGACUUGGAUUACUCAAAAGAAUGUAAAUCAUGAUACCCAUGUAAAAAGGAUUAAUCUGGUAAUAGCUAAACUAUGAUGUCUUCAGUACACAUUUGCUAUUUAUAUCGGAACUGGAAAGAAAACCCCACCACACCACCAGUCCUUUUUAAAGCAAAAAUGAAAAACAGACGGCUUUUAUAUUAAGAUUAUUUAAUGCUCUUUUAAUGGCAAUGAAUGUACAAUUCACUUUGUGAAUAUGCGUCACGGUUACAAAAAGGUUAAACGUUGAGCUCUUUAUGGCUUUGCCCACGGCAUGUAUGUUUCCUCUGAGGACUGCACACUGAGACGGUUAAAAGGGAUCCCCGAGUCAUCACAUUCGGCUCCUGAAGGCCCUUCCGAGUGGAGAGGUGACCUCGACCUUGCUCAGUGCCCUCAUCGCAAUGUUGUUUACUAUUGUGUCCUGAACCAGAGGCCUUCUAAAGUGCCGGCCUAGGGACUACAGGCCGAUUGUUGCCCAUGGAUUUCCCUUCCUACUCGUGCUAAAGUGCAAUAUGACGACUAAUUGCAAUGGUCCCGCACAUUUUAGAGACAACACUUGGCUAUUUAAAUUGUAGUAAAAGGCCAAUUUUGAGGCGAUGAGUGCAGAUUUUCCUUUAUACUAGAAUAUUUGUGCCGUUGGUUCUGGUUGGAUUGUUAGACAGGAUUGGAUAUUUCGUUUCCAGAUGACAUCAUUUGCACCGGUCUUCCUUUCUGCUUUUUGAACCCGCUUCCACUGAUAAACACGAAGUAUCUUCCAUGCUCGUGAUAACACGCAGUUUGUGUCUGAAAGGGUCAAAAAUAUGGAUUUUUGGGCAAGACCAAACUAUCACAUGUCCAUUCUGCCCUCACCUAAGCAGUUUCUUAGGCAUUGCAUAAUAGAAACCACACAUUGCUCUUCGAUCAAUUUAUUUUCAGCAAAAUUGUAUGAACUCACUUUUUUUCUUUUUUUAUAAAGAACAAAAAUGUGAAGCUAUUAUUACUAUAAUGUAUAAUACAAGUAAUUAUUCAGUAAUUAGCGGGUGGUUCCUCCACUUAUUGUUUCAAAGUUUGGUCUUAUUUUGUAAAAAUAAUCUUCAUGAUGAGAGCUGUGUAAAAUCAACAAAUGAAUUAUGUUAUAUAGUUUUAAAUGCGAUUGUAUAUUGAAAUAAAUUUACUUUUUCCUGU